AUGAUAAAGUUGGGUCAACGCAGGUAUGGGCCAUGUGGCAAGGAUCAGCUGGUCGUUACAGAGAGGCAGAAGCUGGUGACCAAUUCGGCAGCGCGGAUUCUGGAACUGGCCCGGCCCGGCUCCCCGAUCGCCAAGGUUGUUCUGGGCCACAUCUGCAAGUUUGCGCAGGACAUGGGGGACGGCACAGGAACCCUUGCACUGCUUCUUCAUGGCGCCCUCCGCCUCUGCAGCUCCUGGCUUCGAGAGGGCAAAGCCCGGCGACAGGACUUGCAGCGCUGUGUGGCUUACAUCGAGGCUGUUGUGCUGCGAGAAGAUGCUGUGGAGUUGCUGGGAGACCUUCGGUGCCCGGCAGGUAAUUCUACAGAGAAGCUCUUCUUUGACUUGGCACGCACCUUCUUCGGUUCGAAUUUCCCCCCAGAGGUCUGUGGGAUUCUGUCGAAAGCAUGCUGGCGCUGGCUGUGUGACAACUGCCCGCCACAGCCUGACAGCAACAAGGCCCAGGCCAGGCAACCAAAGCAAUUUGCCUCGGCCGCCCUGACUCUUCGAAGCGGAGGGCUUGUGAAGGUGCCCAGCGCUUCGCCUUCGAUGCAAGAAGCCGCAGGCAGUGCCUGUUCUGCGACGGUUGAGAGAGCAGUGGCUCUCUCUGGCGUGUUGGCCUCCACCAUGCCAAGGGCUUGUCAGGGCAGGGUCGUCAUCCUGGAUGACGACAUUGCGCCCCUGCCAGUUCGCGUUGUAAUGCCGGCUGUUGCCCUGGACAGGCUAGGGCAACGCCUGCUUCUGGCCACCGAGCAGCUUUGGCAGGCAGGUGUCCGGCUCGUUCUGUGUGCGGCACACGUCCACGAGGAGUGGACUGGCUCCUUAUCUCAGCGCGGAAUUGCAGUGCUGCACAUGGUUGAUGAGGAGGAAUUGGCUGCGCUGGAGGCGCAGUGCGGCAGCACUCGGAGGAUUCGCCUAGGCAGUGCCGACGGGGCCUCACUGAAGACCGCCGCGUUUGACGUCGAGUCUUUCAGGCCAUUGCAGAAGUCCUCGGAAGUUGCGGGAUCUCGGGCUUACUGGCUCCUCACCUUGAGCCGAGAGAACCAUCCUGCCAGCUGUUUGCUGCUGCAGGCAAGCUCCAGCAGUUUAGCCAUCGAGCAUCGCCUGUCGAUCCUUCGCCUCUUGCUCGUCGUCCUUCCCGGUUUUCAGGAACCAUCUGACAUCAUUGCUGGAGGCCUGGCCUUCGAAGUGGGCUUGCUCCGCUUGGCGCGCCGAAGGGCUCAGUCCCAUGGACCAGGAUCCAGGCCUAGCAACCUGGCAGCAGAGGUCUUUGGAUUGGAAGACCCAGCAAAGGUGGCACAUCUUGAGAGGCUUUCCUGGUUGCUGCUGGAGGCUUCCUUGCUGGAGGUGGUGGAGGCGUUCAUUGGAAAUCUUCUCGGAUGUCGCGGGGCCACAGGAACUCUCGGGAGAAGCUCGGGAAGGACUGCAAGACUGCUGGCGUCGGCAGAAGCAUCGGAGCUGAGUAGCUUAGUGCCUGGGAUGUUGCCCAUUCUUGGCCGCAGUGACCUCUACGGCUUUGUGGUGGCUCCCGGCAUUGGGGACUGCCAGGAUUCUACUCCGCGGCCAGUGGAGACUGGGCACCUGAAGUUGCAGCAACUGCGAGCCAUGUGCAGUUUGGUACGACAGCUGUGCCGCUUGGAUCCUACCUGCCUUGAGCGAGGACAUCGGAACGGAAGCCGUUGA